GCAGUAAGAACACCUGAUGACUAUCACAAAGAGGGAGAGUUACUUCUAAGACUAAGGACAACACCUUAGGCGGAGAGACCUCUAUGGGAGGACACGUGGCACAGAUCAUGAAAACAUGGAAACUCGAUAUCAUGAGAUGAAUUUAGAGGUGGAAAAAUCAGCGUUGAAAAUACUUACAAACUGCUUGAAAAACUUAAUAUUCCAUGCAGCUUUUCUCAUGUGAAGAAUGUUUUUAAGGUGAGAUGAUACCCUCCCCCUGCCUGUCACAACCUAUGAAGGAUUCACUGCAGUUAGGAAAAUGACAUACAGAGACAAGGGAAAAUCACCAUAGAAGAGUUUAGAGCCAUUUAUCGGUGUAUUGCCCACAGAGAAGAAAUCAUUGAGAUUUUCAACACGUAUUCUGAAAACCGGAAAAUUCUUUCUGAAAAAAGUCUGACUGAAUUUUUAACUCGAGAGCAGUAUGAACUGGAGUUAAAUUACCCCAUUUCAACCGAGAUCAUCCAAAAGUAUGAGCCCAUUGACGAAGAGAUGCUGCCUUUCCACCACUGUACCCCACCCCCGAGAUGAUCAGCUUGUAACAAGAAGAGACUGACGUUGACCCAUGUUUUUAGAGGUCUCAACCCAUGACUGUCCCUGCUGCUCCACACCUGUGGCAAUGAAGAAUAAAGGGCAGAUGUCCUUUGAAGGUUUUGCAAGAUAUAUGUCUUCACCAGAAUGUCUGCUAUUUAAAGAAAAGUGUAAAACAGUCUAUCAAGAUAUGAAUCAGCCGUUAAAUAAUUAUUUUAUUUCAUCUUCUCACAACACAUAUUUGAUAUCUGAUCAAUUAGUGGGAGCAAGUGACAUUUGGGGAUAUGUAAGUGCUCUUGUGAAAGGCUGCCGCUGUCUGGAAAUUGACUGCUGGGAUGGGGCACAAAAUGAACCUAUUGUGUACCACGGUUACACAUUGACCAGCAAGCUUCUCUUCAAAACUGUUAUCCAAGCAAUAAACAAGUACGCCUUCAUGUCAUCUGAGUACCCAGUGGUGCUGUCCUUGGAGAACCACUGCUCGCCUGGCCAGCAGGAAGUGAUGGCUGACAUUCUGCAGAGUACCUUUGGAGACUUCCUGCUCUCCGAUAUGCUUGAUGAGUUUCCAGAUAGACUACCGUCUCCAGAGGCACUAAAAUUCAAAAUAUUAGUGAAAAAUAAAAAAAUAGGAACCUUAUUGGAAACCCGUGAGAGGAAGGGGACUAAAAAACAGGGCCAGGUGUUAGAGUUAGAAGAAGAGAUAUAUGAAGAUGAUGAUGGUGAAUUAAUAAGUGGACCAGAAACACAAGACAUCUUUUUCUCACGGCUCCAGAAGGCAAAGGACAUAAGUCUCUCAAAGCUGACCGGAGGAGUACUUGCCACCAAAAAGAGCAGGAAGCUAAGAAUAGCUCUGGCCUUAUCUGAUCUUGUCAUUUAUACUAAAGCCGAGAAGUUCCGGAGCUUACAACAUUCAAGACUCUAUCAGCAAUUUAAUGAGAAUAAUUCUAUUGGGGAGUCUCGAGCUCGAAAACUUUCAAAACUGAGAGCACAUGAAUUCAUUCUCCACACCAGGACAUUCAUUACCAGAGUUUACCCAAAACUUAUGAGAGCAGACUCUUCUAAUUUUAACCCUCAAGAGUUUUGGAAUGUAGGCUGUCAGAUGGUGGCCUUGAAUUUCCAAACCCCUGGACUGCCUAUGGAUUUGCAGAAUGGGAAAUUUUUGGAUAAUGGAGGCUCUGGAUACAUUUUGAAGCCAGACUUUCUAAGAGAUGCAACCCUGAGCUUUAACCCAAAUGAAGCAACAGGAAAUGGCCGCCCAAUUACCCUCACAAUACGACUCAUCAGUGGGAUCCAGUUGCCUGUCAGCUUGUUCCCUGGCAAAGAUGACACAUUAGUGAUCGUGGAGGUGUACGGUGUUCCAAAUGACCACAUAAAACACCAGACUCGUGUUGUUAAGAAAAACGCUUUUAGUCCGAGGUGGAAUGAAACAUUUACAUUUGUUAUUCAAGUGCCAGAACUAGCACUGAUACGUUUUGUUGUUGAAAAUCAAGGCUUUAUAACAGGAAAUGAAUUUCUUGGGCAGUACACUUUACCAGUUCUUUGCAUGAACAAAGGUUAUCGUCGUGUUCCUCUGUUUUCCAAAGCAGGUGCAAACCUUGAACCUUCUUCACUGUUCAUUUACGUUUGGUACAUCAGAGAGUGACUAAAUGUACCUGACAUGUUAGCUACACAUCACAAUAAACAGUUCAAAGGAA